AUGAUUGUCAGUGACUCCAAAUCGAACGACGUAGUGACCACAUUCAAAAAGGCCAAGCUCACUACCACGACUGACUCUGACUGGUGGGAUUUCCGCAUCACCUCUUUCAACGGUUCAACUUGGAGUGAGCAUUGUUCAGGUCAAGCAAAGGCCGGACCAAUUAAUCCCACGGAAGGCCGCAAAGUCGCACAGCCCGACUUCCUCCGAAAGAUUACCGCGAGUCGCUGGUAUACCACGAUGCAAAACAUCGGUUUCACUUACGGACCAGCCUUCCAGGGACUGCGAGAAAUCUCGGCUGACCCCACGGGCAACGAAGCCGUUGCCAUCAUUGAAAACGCCCAUCUUGACACCGAAUCAUUCUAUGAGCUUCAUCCUUGCACACUGGAUAAGCUGUUGCAGUUAAUGACAGUGGCUCAGCACGAGGGCAAACCGUCGCUCUUCAAACAACUGAGCAUGCCCACAUACAUUGAUGAGAUCUACAUCUCCGGCGGAAUGAAGGAACUGAGGGCGACCGCUUCAUCUUAUAAAGACUUCAUGGAUGCGUGGUCAGGCGAUGAAGUUGCCACCGUUGACGGCAAGGUUGUGUACGAGAUGAAAGGCCUGAGAGUGACCGGAUUGGGCAACAGCAUAGACGUCGAGGAGAAGCCCAAGAAUGCCGUUCAACUCGUGUGGAAACCGGACAUUGAUUUCCUUGACGCCAAAGAUCUCAUUCAUGCUCCGUUGGAUCUUCGAAAAUACCUGAUCGCUCUUGAGAAGUACUUCUUUCUGCUUGCAACAGAUACAGUGAAGUCCAUCCAGUCCAUAGAGACGCAGGAAAGUCACCUCAUCAAAUUUCGGGCCUGGCUGAACACCUUCGUCGAGACCACAGGGAAAGGCGAGAACAAAAUACUCCCUGAGGGUAGAGAGCUCGCCACGCUGAAUGAACAAAGCCGUCUAUCGCUCAUUCAAUCCAUGACGGAGGAGUUCAAUGCCGGCCCUGUUCAUUGGGUAGCAACGGCUAUUCGACGUGUCCAUGAGAACGCUCAGGCCAGAUACGAGGGAUCAGUGGAUACCCUGGAGCUCCUGAUGGAAGGAGGUGUCUUGACGCAGAUUUACGCGUUUUUCGAUCUAUGCUGGGAUUAUUCUCCCUUGCUGCAGAGCCUCGGCCAUAACAAGCCCACCUUGAGAGUACUGGAGAUUGGAGCUGGCACAGGCGGCACGACGUCCAAUUUGCUUUCGGGUCUUCAGUCAGAAUUUGGCGAACGACUAUAUUCCAAGUAUAGCUAUACUGACAUCUCUUCCGGCUUUUUUGUGGCGGCGAAAGAGCGUUUCAAAGAUCAUCUCAACAUCAGCUUCUCCGUCCUGGAUAUUAGCAAGGAUCCUCUGGAGCAGGGCUUUGAAGAGGGCUCUUAUGACUUGAUCCUAGCAGCCAACGUGGGCUUUCCGAUCCUAUAUCACAGCUUCGGAGUUCUGACCUUGCCAGGUAAUCCACGCAACUGCAUCACUUCAAGGAACACUGCGAAACGUGAAGAAGCUGCUUCAUCCGAAUGGCCGAUUCCUCCUGCAAGAACUGGACAUACGUAA